AUGGCGGUCCGAUACCUACAGUUUGCUGUAGUGUUGGCGUUUUUGACGUAUUGUAAAGCACAAUCUCCCCCAUCCAACGUUACGGCUGUGUAUGUGGCUGAUGGUACCAUCAAAGUCACGUGGACUCCUUCGACCACAUUACGGAUCGACAACUACUCCGUCGAAGUACAGGAGGCAGGGCGUUCUAGCAUGACCGAGUAUUUGUCAGGCGAUGUGAAUCAGUACCGGUACAAAAAUCCCAAACCAAGCUCGACAUACAUCAUUAAGGUAUCUACAAUCAGAUCCGACCGUUCCAGUGUCGCAUCAUUCACAAUUGUUAAUGCUGCCGAAGCCAUAUAUAGAAACAGACGUAAUAGGACAAAACUGACACUUCCCAGACCGCCAGAUACCGGAACAGUUACCAUUAAGUUUAAUGGUGCAUCACCAUUCAUUUUUAUUGAUGGAAGACGUUUCGGCAGAACUGUCAAUGCGAACGGUGUAGCGGUCCAUCUGACAUCUACAAAUGCCGACUUGACAAUAGAACGCACGAGGAUGACACAUGCAGGAUACUACUACGUCACUACGGGAAGUGACAAUGUACUUGGAGGACAGUUAUUGGUAGUUACUGAUACUCCAUCAAAGCCAUCUGUUACUGCCUCACCCAAGUCCCCAUUUCUCGACGGCUCUGUGACAUUGGGGUGUAUGUCCUCUUCAAGAAGUAAACCCGACAAUCAUGGAUUGUUGAUGACAUCUACUUGGAAACUCAACGGAACUGAAGUUAACUACGACCGAUUCUCCGUCCAAGGCACUAACCUCGUCAUCCACCCAGUGCAAAAGGGAGACAACUAUAACCGGUUUACUUGUACUACUAACGAGGUGGGACAGAGCUACACUGGCUUGCCCUCUGAGAAAAGUGAGGAAUUCCUACUAACACCGAAUUCACAAUCACGAUUUUCUCUGACCAACCUUACGGCUGUGUAUGAGGCCAAUGGCACUAUCAAAGUCACGUGGAAUCCUCCGAUGACGUCACAGGGUAUAGAUAGCUACUUCGUCGAAGUUCAGGAGGCAGAGAACCAUAACAUCAGUAACCAGUCCAUGUCAGCCGAUAUCUCUGUAUACCAGUACCACAAUCCUAAACCUGACACAACUUACACGUUUAAUGUGUCUACAAUUAGAGCCGACUCCAUUAUUGGCUCAUCACUGAUAUCUCUUAAUACUUCAUCAGCAAAAUAUAAAAAGAUAGGUGCGGCGACACAAAUGACACUUCCCAAACCACCAGAUACCGGUACAUCAACCAUUCAGUUUAAUGGUCAAACUCUUUUCACGUUUACUAAUGGCGGCAUAAAAGGUAGCAUAGUUAGUGAGGAUGGUGUAACAGUUAGUGUAGGACCAGCAAAUGUUCAUUUGACCAUUGUUGAUGUUAAAAUAACCAAUGCUGGAUACUACUACACAGUGACAGAAAGCGGAAAUGUACUUGGAGGGCAGCUAUUGGUAGUUACUGUUCUAGUGGAGGAAGAUAUUUAG